UCUUAAACAAAGGAUGGAUGUCUUGGUCUUUUUAUAGCACAGGUGUUUUCAUGAAGUUUCAUGUUGGAAACGUGGGAUUUCCAUCCAGAAAAUCAAUAGAAUUCUGUGAAAUAAUUUCUUCAGCUUAACUAGCUGGGUUAUUUGUUGGUUCAUACAGUAUACGUUCACAUCGUGUAUAUACGUACUUUAAACCGAAUGUUUGUUAGUGCUAGUUUGCAUUUUGAUACUUUCUUUGCAUCAUAUGAAAGUUUACUAGUUGGACUGUAGCCAAUAUCUCUUGAUGGCGGAAAGUUUCUUCGAUUUUCAUAAAGGGUGUGUAUUUUAUUCCGCUCGGGGAAAUAUUUUGAAGUAUCAGAAAAUUUGAUUUUAAACUAUGUGUUCACAAAUAAUGUGAUAUCUGAAAAUUUCAAGGACGAUAAGUUUUAAAAGAAAUGGCUAGUAUCUUCUUUCUGGAAAUUCAUGCACAGGGUCCCUGCGUUUGAUAUCCUGGACAUGGAAGGAUUGACGCAUCCCGAGGUUCUGCCCUGUUCUUCAACAUCGGACAGUAACUCUUCUACAGAGCAGCUGCAGAAUAGUCAACCUGAAAGUGAAAAUUCCGGAAAUAGUGCGCUGAACCAAGUAAAAAAUGACUUGAAAUUCAAGAUCCAGAAAAAGUACAUUCAAAAUGGCCAAGGGCCGUUGCAAAUUUCCUUUGAUCCACCUCCGACUUAUGAGUUAACAGAGGAGGAGAAGAAGAAACGGGAAAUAAGAAAAAUGAGAAACAGAAAAUCAGCCAACAUAAGUCGUGUAAAGAGGAAAAUCAAAGAGGAUAGUCUACAGAGGGAGGUGGACACUCUCGAAAACGACCAUAAAAAAUUGAAGAGAGAAAUUCAACAUUUGAAAGUGCUUAAAGAAAAAAUGAAAGAAGGUUUUAAGAAUCACUUGCUUCGGUGUCAAAUGGAGGGGAAGAAACUCCAACAACAAUAUGGAUCUGAAGGGUUACAAUCCUUAAAGAGCAACCUCAAGUUCCCAGUAAAUAGUAGGCCGCAUCAUAAUGGUGUACAUCUGUUCGCAAAAAUGUGUAGAACUGCUUCAAGUACGCAGGUGCAAACCUCCACUGACGAUUCUCAAACUUUGAGUCCAGAUUCGCCUAUAGAAGUAGAAAUGUACUCUAGACAGAGGAGCGAAGGAUUUGAUGCCAAUACAAUCCAGCAAUCUGUAAGCAGCAGUGUUUAACAGAAUUGGAAACAUCCAAUGAGACCCCUAUUGUCUUUCAUAUGACUUGAAAUUAUAUAAGAUUGUGACUUUUAAUUAUAUUGGAUCCAAAUAUCGUGUGAUAUUUGUGUAAUUGUUUGAUUAUAAUUUAUAAUGCUAGUGGACUUUUGCGAGAUGGGCUGACUUUUACAGUCAACGGCUGACUUUGACACGAGCAUAUAAUACGGAAACCUUUUCGUGACAUAUCCGUAUACAUGAAUAAGUGAUGAACCGAUACAAUGUACAGAAAUGGUCAAGUUGCCCAAACAUUAUAGAGUUGUUCCGGUUCAUUUCCAUACUCGUACACUUUCUAAAGUGUAAAGUCCAUGUGACCUAAUAUCCCUAAAUAGUUUAGGUCACCUGACCUAAUGCAUUUGGUCAGCAUCCGUCGUCGUGCGCGAACACUUGACCAUUCUUAACUUCUUCCUGAUAACUGCCUUUUUUUUUUCAAAUUUGGUAUGAAGCAUCUUUGGGACAAGGGGGUAUAAAGUAUAAAUUACAGGACUUCUGCACCCUCAGGGCCUUAAGGAUGGAGCAAAAAUUGACAAAUGUUAAAAAAAUCUUCCUUACAUCUGUAAGAAAAACUGAAUACAUAGAUCUGGUCAUGUAGAGAUGGAAAGCCUCUACCGAAAUUGUAAAUUUCUUGAUAUCCGGGGUAGAUGUUCAGACUCCAGGACGGGGCCAAACUAGGAAUUAGUAUUUAUGUGUUAACCAUUUAAAUAGCAUAGAUCUUCUUCAAUGCUAUGCCGUGGGCCUCUUGCUAGUUAAAUAUUUUAGAUGAAACAAUUCCAGUUCCAUGCCCGCCAAGCCCUGUUUUUAUAGAAUAGAAUAGAAUAUUUAUUCAACCAAGUUGGGUCCCCAGAGGAGCAUAAUGAUGUACAUUGACAAAGUCCAAAAUCACAGAAGCACAUGACAAAGGAAAACAAAGACAAUUGCACUGCAUGAUGAACAGAGAGUUAGCCAUCACAUCUAUCAAUGCAUAAUAAUCAACUAGCAUCUUAUACAUGCACAUAACUAUAUUGUACAUGUAUGUUGUUUUCUUGUUUUGAAAUUUACAAUUAAAUAUUGGCAUAAUAAAACAGCAAAAUCGAAUAAACAGAUCAGUAUUGUGAAGCAGUAUUAGGUUUGGAAAGGUUUUUAAUAUCUUAUUCAAAAAUUCUCCUCUAAGAUUAUUAUAUUAUAGUGGACAUUCAAGAAGAAAAUGCAAUUCAUCCUCUGUUGAACUUGAGAUACAGUGUUGACAGACUCUUUCACAUCUAGGAAGAAUUUAAUAUUUACCAUGGUUAUCAAUUUUUCUUUCAUAUCUGCCUGUUUCUAUCCGUAGACAAUGAUUACUAAUUCUGAAUUUAGUGAGAAUUACCCGAUUGUCUCGAGUUUUUAAAUUCAGGUAUUUUUCAAAAUUGAACAAACUUUUGUACUGAAAGUAUGUACUUAAUUUUCCAAAUCCUUGCAUAUAACUGGUACGAAUAUUUUCCCAAAGUUUGAGAAAUUGUUACGCAGUUGCUUUUUUAUGUACAAUUUAAAUUUAUUUUCACAUAAUUUUCUGCAGUGGGGCAAAUUGAUAUUUAGUUUUUCACUGUAGAAUAAUAUACUAGAAUACCAGUCACUGUUAAUGGUGACCUGCACUCAUUGAAAGCAGCCUGUAAUAGGUUUGAAGUUGAGUGUUCUAGUCUAUACCAGUACAUAAAUGUUUGCUUUAGCAUAUCAAUAUAUAAUGGAUACAUGCCCAGUGCAGAAUAGAUGCCUAUAUUUGUACAAGUUUUAGACACCCCCAUAAUAUAUUUACAGAUUUUCAUAUUUAGCUUUUCCACCUCCCACUCUUUGAAUAUAUCAAAAAGUGCGAGGUUUCUUCUUUUUGGGGUAACAUUAAUAAUGCUCCAAUUCUCACAACCAUACAAUACUAUGGGUUUAAUACAAUGAUCAAAUAUAUGUAUAUAAAAAAAAAAAAAUUAAAAAAAAAAAAAAAAGUUUUUAUACAGGGAUUAGCAGUUUUUAUAUCUCUGUAAAAUUUGAAGCAUGCCUUUAAGCUUUUUUGGUAUAACUGUUUCUUUGCUUCAAUAAACUUUCCAUUUAUAUAUCAGUAUUGAAAAUAUUAAUCGGAGACGGGGACCAGACUCAUGACUUUCAUAACGUACUAGGGUUACUUUUCAAUAUUUACGUACUUCAUAUUGGAUAGAAUGAAUAUAUAUAAAAAUCAACGGGGUUCGAUUUGACUGCUACCAAACAUGGCUAUCUCUACAAACGGAAUCAAUUGAAGAUAUGAGUUUUCGGUUCACAUGCGGCUUUAAGAAAUAUACUGGGAAAAUAUGUUAGGAAUUUUUUGAUAUUAUGAUGCAAGAAUACAUCGACAUGUGCCAUAAAUCGAAGGUUUUUAUAAUGGGUGGAUCUGUAGCUCUCUGGUAUGUCCAAAUAUUUUCCCAGAGAGCUGCAGAUGUGCAUUAGUGCAGAUGCACAUGUAAUUCCGAAUGUUUAUCAUGUUCUGUGUUGUACUUGUGUGUGUUUGAUUGAAUAAAGCUGUAUAAGACCUUCGUAUAUUUUUAUAAAAUAAAACGCAAAACUCCUGCAUAAUAAAUUUACAUUCGAUUUAUCAAGAUGCAAUUACUUUUUGUAAAGUUUAAACAAUGAAUCAUGGUAUCUGUGCGAGUUAAGAUUUUACACCCAGGUAUGCAUGCAAGCCUUGUGGUUUGAUGUUUUGAUAAUUGUCAGAUAAUGAAAGAAGUUCAAAUGAUUUGAAACGUAACAGGCCUACCGUAAUAAUAUUGUAACAUGCAGCGAUCUGAACACGCUCACCGUUGCUUAGAGAGAGACUCUACCAUAUCACUAGAUAAGCUAGUUCACUAGCGAGGCCGUAGAAAAUCCCUACAUACUGUCUGCUACACUUUCCCCCGCCCAGGGAAGCUUCGUCCCGAAGCUUAGCAUGGGUCUUCUCUGAUUUUUGGCACCUCUUCAGCAAAAGCAUCUGCCGUUCACGACGACAACCGUCGUUGUCCCAGGACGAAACCACGUGCGUAUAAGGACACACAGUCCCCGAGUUCCAAACGUACUCUACCUGAAGCAAGCCUCUGGACAGCCAAACACCAGAGUUAUUACACUGUCACCAUUUUGUAACGUGCUACGGUUUGAACAGACUCGCCUUUGCUUAACUUGCGUGAUCAAGAGAAAUCACUGAACAAGCUAGCUCAAGAGCGAGGCAGAAGUUCCCUAUAUACUUUCCAACAAUUCGACUUUACAUAUAUUUAACGAUAUCGUGCUUCCAUACAAUACUCAGGUUUAAAUAUCCAAGUCAGCCAUUGACCGUGAAAGUCAGUCGUUCUCGCAAAAGUCCAUAUGUAACAUUGAAGAAACAACCACAACAGACAAACAAACCUGGAUUUUAAAACGUGCUUAUUUUGUAAAACAUGAAGUACUGAAAUAGGGUCACACCCAAACUGUUGAAAUAUACAUUGGAUAUGUAAUAGAUCUUGGACAGAAAUUUGGCGUGCUGUAAAUCAUUACCCCGAUAUUUUACUAGAUUUGCUAUCAAGGGACUGAUUCACGAUUUUCCCCACACGUUUUUCAUUUUAAUGAUCAAAUUCUACUGUCUAAUGUGUUUGAAAGGUUUUACACACAAAAAGUAAGGUUAUACAUCAUAACAAAGCUCAUUAUAGAGAGUUUUUAAAUCCAAGCAGGCUACUGACAAAUAAGUUGAUUUUACAGGAGUCUCGUUUAAAGUCCGCAUUUCGCAAAUUAUAUGGUCGUUAUAAUGAUCUAAUUUACAUGUACCAAUACAACCUGUCAUUGGGUCAAAUGCUGUCAUACCAAUUGGUAGGCCGUUUUUUACACUACGGAUUACUCCGUUUACCUGAUCAAGAUAUAGGGCUCACGGCGGGUGUGACCGGUCGACAGGGGAUACUUACUCCUCCUAAGCACCUUAUCCCACCUAUGGCACGUGUAUCCAGGGUUCCGUGUUUGCCCUACUCUUUAUUUUGUAUCCUUUACAGGAGUAAUCAAUCUCAUCACUGUUCGUUAUCUUCUCCUUUCAUUUGUGUCUUUGUAAAAUUUGGAUGCUUUGAAUUACAAAAUUAUCAUUUCACUAGUUUGCUUGUAUACAUAAACGUGUUUGCACAACACAGAAAAGGGUACAUGUAAAAUAUUGCCCUUAAUAAGAGUCUUAUCCUUGUAUCAAAAAGGCCCAAGUUUGGUUAAUCUAAAUGAGUUAUAUUUUUAAUGUUUAACAUAAAAAAUGACAUUUUUUCUUUAAAAAAAAAAGACGUGAAUCAGUUCCUUGAAGAAGGUCCAAAAUUUGGUUGUCAACUUUAAAUGACUUACAUGUAUAUUUUUAAUGUUCAAUAUCUAAGAUAAAAUUCUCCAAAGAUUCA